AUGUCUUGGAAACUUCUGCUCCUGCUCAUUUUCUGCACAGGUUAUGUGACCUCCUACACACUGACCCAGACACCCUCAGCCUCAGUGAAACUGGGUCAGACAGCCACAAUCACCUGCUCUGGAGAAUUACUUGAUAAGAAAUAUACAAGUUGGUUCCAGCAAAAACCAGGCCAAGUCCCUGUGCUGCUAAUUUAUAAGGAUAGUGAGAGGCCCUCAGGUGUCCCUGACCGAUUUUCUGGCUCUAGCUCUGGGAAAACAGCCACCCUGUCCAUCAGCAGAGCCCAAGCUGAAGAUGAGGCUGACUACUACUGUCUAUCAUAUGACAGCAGUGGUAAUAACCACAGUAUUUUGUCACUGUGUUAUGUGUUCGGCGGUGGAACCAAGUUGACCGUGCUUGGUCAGCCCAAAUCUGCACCCACGGUCACUCUGUUCCCACCCUCCUCUGAGGAGAUCAGCACUCACAAGGCCACACUGGUGUGUAUGAUAAAUGACUUCUACCCCGGCAAUAUUAAGGUGACCUGGAAGACAGAUGGCAAACCCAUCACUCAAGGAGUCGAUACCACCAAGCCAGCGAAACUAAGCAACAACAAGUAUGCAGCCAGCAGCUACCUUAGCUUGACAUCCUCUGAUUGGCUCGCUGCUGAACAGUACAGCUGCCAGGUCAUACAUGACGGAAAAACUGUAGAGAAGACAGUGUCUCCUGCAUAAUGUUCUUAG